CAAGAAUACAAGAUACUAUCUUGAAGAUAGAAGAUAAUAAUAAGGACUUAUCAGUUAUCGCACAACCCCCAGAAAAUGAUGUUAUUCAUGUUGUUAUUCUACGGUGUGAUAAAUGAUAAUAUUAUUAGAAUAUAAAUACAUAAUCAAAUCUAAUAUUAUUUUGUCACGAAUUUAAAUUUUCAACUCCCAAAUUGAAUUUAUUCAAAUUUUUUUCAAAAAACGUUUAAUUUGGUAAUUUAUCACCACAAAAUGGAUUUACAAAAUGUGGAGAAUUAUCCAGUGUACAUACUAAAUGUGAUUCCGGAGCUUACCGAAGAAAACAAUGUACAACUACCACAGCAAAUGACUUCCGGAGAACUGAUAUCUUAUAACUUCUAUGUUCCGAAUGCAGACCAUCAAGGUCCGAUACUGAAUGCAGAGUGUGUUCCAUCGAUAGUUUCUCAUACAAAUACAACAAAGUCAAUCAAAAAAUUAUCUUUUGACAAAACUAUUCACCAUUCGGCAGUAAAGAACAAUCAAUCUAUUGAGCCACAAAUUGAAACAUACUCAGAAAAAUCUGUUAAUGAUUUAUCACUGUUACUAAAAGAUGAAGAUAUGCAUAAUGGUAAUAAUAAAUUAAUAAAAUAUGACCCGGCAACUGAUACGAAUGUAAUUAUUCAUUUGGUUAGGCCAACUGAUUUAGAAGAAAAUUGUGAUGAAAUAAAGGUGCCAAAACGAGGACGACCAAGAAAAAUUGUUAGCGAUUUAAGUAAAAAUGAAACAAAACUAGGUGAAUCUUCAAAACAGAUCAAACCAGAAGAUAUUAUAGAGUACCCAUUAACAUCUACAAAGUCUGGUCGCUUGUGUAAACCUCCAAAACACUUUUUAAAUGGUGAAAGCACAAUGGAAACCAAAAAGAACUCGUUUUUAAUAGUUGACAAUAAUGAUAUCAUUAGUAGAAAAAAAGUAAAAUACAAUGUUAAAUCAGAUUUUAUUUGUGGAGGAUGUGGUAAAACUUAUUUAGGCCAGAAACGAAUGCAAGAACAUUUUGAAAGAUUUCCUACUCACAAGAUAAACACAGCCGAAAAACAAGUGGAUUCAGAGUUACAAGAUAUUUUUGAAAACCUCAACGAAACACCAAUAAAUAGUAAUAUAAUUAAUAGUAAAAAAGAAACUCAAACUCAAACAGAAGUCUUAAAAAAUCGAAACUGUGCUUAUAUCAAGACCAAAAAAAAUUUGCAAUUUCAUAUGAAACAAAUAAUGAAACAUCUGAAAAAAACCAACCUUAUAAAAUCAUUGUCUGGAACAAUAUCUGUUUGGGAUUUAUUAUCCAGUACACUCGAAAGUGAUGGUCUACUAGCAUUUUCAAAAGAGUUAAAUACACUAAUCAUGAAUUUGAGAAGUUUAUCGAAAUCUUUUAAAUUUGUUUCAAAUUGUGAAUCUAAUUCUAUUGAUAACAGUAAAAUGUUCAUAGAUGAUUCAUUAGGACAUUUGUUUGGCUUACCAAAAGGCUCUUAUUGUUUAAAAGAUAUUCAUAACGAUUAUGAAAUGCAGCAAGAAUCUAAUGUUUGGGCUAUGGACUCCGCAAAAUCUAUUGAACCUGAAGUUUCUGUACCACAAAAUUUAAAUUGCCACUCUAGCCCUAUUCAUUUAAAUCUUUUUGAUAGUCAAUCAUCUAAGGUAGAUUUCUUACUUAGCUCUAGUAUGGAAGAAUCAAUAUUAUGUGAUGAAAAUCAAGCAGUUUUGGAAAGUGUAGAUGGUCUUGUAUCUGAAAGGUUACGCACAAUGUCUGAUCAUUUACACUCAAGUGUACCUAUAAUUGAUUAUCCUAUUGCAUCCACAUCAUCUGCUCCUAACGUUUCUCAACCAGAUUCCUUUAUGAGUCACGGGGUGUAUGAGGUUUUCACUAAUGAUUUGAACCUAGUUCCUACUUCUACUGAAGAGUUCAUUAAAAGCUUAGAACAGUUUGAACCCUUAAACAACACUGAUAACACACUAAGUACAGAAACGAGAAUGUUAGACUUUGAAGAUCUUCAACACACAUUUCACACUUCUUAAAGUGACGAAAUAUUAUUUAUUUUUCUAAUCUUCAAUUAGUCAAUUGCUAAGAUCAAAUUUAAUAUUAAUUGUAGUUUUUUUUAUAAAAUUAUGCAUUUUGUUAAUCAAUAGUUAUAAUUGUUAAAUAAUUCUAUGGCUGAGUAAAAAUACUGGUUGACCAUUCGGUAACAAUUUAGAGUAAAUAUACAGUUCAUUGCAUUUUGCAUAUGUUGUCAUGUUGAUAUAUUUGUAUAGUUAAAAAAUAACAUCAAAUGUUUAAAAAGAUACUUUAUGUACUUUAUGUUUUAAAAAAUGUUACCUACCAAAAAUUAUUAUUUUAAUAACAUAUUUUUUUAUUUUUUUA